AUGCCAAACACGUCGCGCCAGGACGACAAGGACCGGUCGGCGAGGGCGCAGGAACAAGAGUUCAAACGCGCGCGCGGUGCCAUAUCUUGCGCAGAAUGCCGCCGCCUCAAGCUCAAGUGCGACAAGACCGUCCCCUGCUCGUCGUGCAAGCGCCGCGGCUGCUCCUCCAUCUGCCCCAACGGCAGCCUCACCACCGGCCAGGGCACCAGAUUCAUCCUCGCAGACACCGACCGGCUGCACCGCAAGAUCGCCGAGAUGAGCGACCGCAUCCGCCAGCUCGAAGACGCGCUCGCGAUCCUCCAGUCCAGCGUCACGCGCGACCUGCACCCGCUGCUCGUGCAGGACCUGCUCAAGAUCAAGUCCGGCCUCGAGCUGCACUCGGCGGCGCACCUCCAGGGGCGCGCGGCACACAGCGACGACGCCGGCGAGCAGGGCGACGAGGAGUCGCAGUACAUUGACGCGUUCGGGACGCUGGCCGUGCGCGACGACGGCGCGGCGAUGUUCUACGGACGCUCAGCGGGGUCAGAGCAGAAGCCCAUGGCGAUUGCUGGCAAGGGCGGCGCCACUGGCGAAUGGUAUUUCUUCACGCAUAGAGGCGAGAACAAAUUUCACAGCGCAACUACAGACCGAAAGACGAUAGCAGUGACCCGCUUCCCCGGGGCUUUCUCCUUGUCUUUGUGUAUCCCAGCUUCCUCUGCCUCGCUGAGGGUACAACACCCUUCCGAAGAGAGUCUGAGCCACGCCUGA